AUGGCGGACACAAAAGAUGGCAGAAGUGAGGAGGAUGUGGCCAUGGCUGACGCCGAAGUGAGCAUCAAGCCUACCAAUGGGUCCAACAGUGAUGCAGGUAUCCUAAAAUCUGUCGAGCAACCCAGCGGUGCUCAAGCUUCAACCUCGUUAGACAUCAAAUCAGAACCAUACGCAACACAACCAUCAUCUCCAUCACCAACAGCCACCAAGAUGCCGAAGCCUGCCCCCAAGAAGAAGGGCACGGCAGCCGCCACCAAGAAGGGCCCUAAGAGGCCGAAAUCAACAAAGCCCAAGGCUCCGAAGAAGGAGAAUGCAUCUGGAGAACCUCAGCAAGAUGACGACGAUGACAGCUCGGAUGAUGAGAUCGACAACGGCCCUUACUGCCUCUGCCGCGGCCCCGACGACCACAGAUGGAUGAUAAGUUGCGACGUCUGCGAAGACUGGUUCCAUGGAGAGUGCGUCGAUCUAAGUAAGGAGUUCGGAGAGAAGCUUGUGGAACGCUUCGUCUGCCCCAACUGCACUGACGGCAAAUUGAACUACACAAAGUACAAGAAAACGUGUUCGUUCGGCAGCUGUACCAAUGCGGCACGUUUAUACGGCAAGAAGGACACACGAUCCGUUUUCUGCUCAAACGACCAUUGCGAUGCGUGGUGGGCCGCCAUGAUUGGGAAGUUGCCCACAAAGGUGGCUACCCGGAAAGCAUUAGAAGUUCUGACACAGGAAGACUUCGUGGGUCUGCUAGCUUCGACAGCCAACGAUGGCGGUUGGAAGUUAGGUGAUCAGCCUUUCGGCAACAUCGAAGGUUUGUGGGUCAAUGGCCUGCCUACUCGCCCUGGCGUCCUCAGCGACGAGGAGCAGAAAUUUCUACAAACGUCGGCAGCUGAGCGUCUUUCUCUCGGCAACGAGAUCGUGCAGUAUAAGAAGAUGAUGCAGCUCAUAGAUUGGGCGAAUCAACGAAGACAGACUGCCAUCGAGCUGGGAAAGCUUACCAAAGACAGUUGCGGCUACGAUAAUCGCCUGGACGUAGUUUCUGUCCGUCACGCGUUCGUCGCCUGGAUCGAUUCACCUGAGGGUCAAGCGAUAUUCACAGCAGGAAAACUUGAUACGCCUGUCGAGCUGAACGAGGGCGAUGAGGCUACAAUGAACAUGUGUGAGAAGAAGCGGUGUAAGGCACAUAAUGGCUGGUACAAGAUCCUUACGAGUGCGGUCCGUAAUCAGGUCAAGGAGACUGCCACGGCGGCAGCUGAUAAGCUGGAAGCAGAGGAAGUUCUUCGUCAAGAGGCUGAAACUCGCUUUGAGAGGCGUCAGCUGGAGAAAAACUGGGUUCAGGUCAUUGAGUAA